GCUGGGCACAGAUGCCCUUCAGGCGUGAUGGGAGCACGGAAGUUCUCGUGCCUCUAGCUGUCCCUGUCUGCUGUCACGCAUAUGUGACUGCUGAGCUGAACUUGUUUGCACAUGUUUCCAAGAGUCAUGAAGUAAAGGGACAGAGGGGACAUCCCUCCCCUCAUCUCAGAUCUCCAGGGGAGCAAGAGAAUCUCCAUGCUGAUGAGAGAGAAGUCCUGAGCCUGGAAGGAGAAGGGAAGAGGGAAGCAGAGGAAGAGAAAGGUCAGAGGGAGGUGGCAGGGAGCCAGAAGUGACCCAACUCUGUCUUUGGCAGGUCCAGGUAACCAACCAAACAUUGUCACACCUUAGAAAAUUGACCCAGCCAAGAUGUCUGGACGCCAGGUGAGUCGGUCCAGCGCUUACAGCCGCCUGAGCAAUGCCAGCAACACUUCCAUUCCUCUCCGAACUGCAGGCUGCACUCAGCACUCCGAUAUGAACAACAUCAAGGACCCGGGUACCCGGUUCCCAAACUCUGAGUUCAGCACCUCCAGUGGCCACUCAGAGCUGUCCUUCAACCCUGCCUCCCUCCAACUUCCUUUGGGGAAAAUAUGCAUGGGCUCACCCUACAGCUCCAGGUGUGUAGAGACAAGUAACCUGAUGAAAGGACCCAAGGUGGCCAGAAAGCCCACUUGUCAACGUAGCAAUCCCCACUGCCUGCUCUGCACAGAUCGUCCCUCAUGCCCCUCCAGCCCUACCUUCCUGGACCAGCUCAUCAAAGGCAUCAACUACCUGGACAGAUCCACCAACCUUUUCAACAACAGCUACCCCAAAGCUCUGAGUUUGCCUCAGCUGGCGGCCACCUGCCUGGAACGAGCUGCCAACUCACUUUAUCUGGGCCCAAUGGACCAGGCCCCGCCCCACAGCUAUUCUACUCCCAGCACUAACAUUGCCAACACCGCCCAUCACUCUCCAAUCAAUAACUGCUUGGUCCCUUCCAUUCGAGACCCCAACCCUCUGCACUACAUAGGAGGUUCCACGGGCUUAAACUGCCCGCACCAGCCUCACAACCAGAGCUUCUCUGCCGAGAUGUCUGAGAGGCCAGGUAUAAAACUACCAGAGAUCCCUCUGUUAGGCAACGGGCUCUUUUCCUUAGGUCGUCUACCCAAGUUCUGGGAAGCAAUCCGCUCUGGAUGGAAUGCCCCUGAAUCCACCCCUAAGCCCACGGGCUGGUGGUGAUAUGGAUGCCAGUUUUCUCCUGUGGGCACAUGGCCACAGUGUGGAAAAUAAAUUGAUCUAAGACAAAC